CUGAUGCUCAGCCGCGCCUGCAGCGCUUCUCUGUCGGCAGCAGCCCCGCAUCUGCACAGCACAGUCAAACCAGCCGACCGGCACGAUGGAUGGCCAACAGAAAGACCGCAGAAUGACUCACUUGUGGAUAUUGACGUUACUGAUAAUUGUUUAACCUCCUUGGAUAACCCGGUCUUUUCCAACUUUUUCUUCUGGAUACGGAUUGCGGAGCUGGAUCUUGUCGUAAAUGUUUUGAAGAAGGAUUAUAUAUUUAUUCCCGUCACUUUAUUUUAUCGUCACUCUCGUGUUUUGCCUUUUUUUCUCCUCUCUAUAUUUUUAUUUUUAAUCUUUUUUUUUACUUGGAAGCGUUUUGUUGGAGGACGAACUGAUUUUUUGGGAUACGCACAUAAAACUCUAAAGAAUGGCCGAUUGGUUCACGUCUGUCCUCGUAAUAGUUAUAACAUUAUUUACUCAGGUUUUGGGAUCAAGCGUGUUCGAGAUAGAUCUCCAUCAAUUUCAGAAUACGAAAGGUUUGCUGGCAAAUGGACGUAAAUGCAGCAUGGGCGGCUGCAGAACUUAUUUCAAGUUUUGUUUGAAGAACUACGGGGCGGAUGCGGCUGCUGGGAGGUGUAUCUUUGGCCAGGCCAGCACACCUGUCCUGGGCAGCGACUCCUUCAGCAUCCAGCAGCACGCCCUGCGGCUGCCGCUCAACUUCACCUGGCUGGGUGCUUUCUCGUUAUUUAUCGAAGCCUGGCAUUCUCCUGCUGCGGAGCAGCCUGCAGAUGCCACCAAUUCUGAAUUGUUGAUUAGUUCUUUUGCCAUCCAAAGACAGUUGGGAAUAGGGCCCGAGUGGUCCCAGGUUGAGCAGAACACGACGCAGACGGAGCUAAGGUACUCAUACCGGAUCAUCUGCAAUGAAAAUUACUACGGGGACACUUGUUCCAAAAUAUGUGCUCCGAGAGACGACCGUUUUGGCCACUACACCUGCAAGCCUGACGGGCAAAUAGCCUGUCUGCCGGGAUGGAGGGGAGAAUACUGCCAAGAACCAAUCUGCCUUGACGGCUGCAAUGAAAGGAACGGAACCUGCACAGUACCAGGAGAUUGCAAAUGCAGAAAGGGCUGGCAGGGACUCUUUUGUGAUGUGUGUCAACUCCACCCGUCCUGUAAACAUGGUACCUGUAAAGAGCCGUGGCAGUGCACCUGCAAAGAAGGCUGGGGAGGCAUCUAUUGUGACCAAGACCUAAACUACUGCACCCAUCACAAACCGUGCACCAACGGGGCCACAUGCAUAAACACAGGCCAGGGAAGCUACACCUGCGCCUGCCUGCCAGGCUUCACCGGGGUUAACUGUGACUCGAAGGUCCGGGAGUGCGACAGCAAGUCCUGCCUCAACGGAGGCCACUGCCUGGAGUCUGAGAAUGGGUAUAGGUGCGUGUGUGCGCAGGGGUUUGAUGGGCCACGAUGCGAACACAGGAUGCUGACUUGUGCAGACAUGCCGUGCUUUCACGGAGGCAAGUGCAGAGAGAGGGACAACGGGCAGCAUUACAUAUGCGAGUGUCCAGCAGGAUACACUGGAUCAAACUGUGAGAAGAAGGUGGAUAGGUGUACCUCGCUGCAAUGCACCAACGGUGGACACUGUGUAGUCCAGGGUAACGUCCGGAUGUGCAGCUGUCGCUUGGGCUUUGCAGGGGUGCGCUGUGAGAUCAACAUUGACGAGUGUGCCAGGAACCCAUGUGCAAAUGGCGCCACCUGCAUAGACCGCAUCAAUGACUACAACUGCACCUGCCCGCCAGGGUACACGGGCCGCCACUGCGACAGGCCCAAAGACCGCUGCACCUCUCAGCCCUGCCUCAACGGAGGGACCUGCAUCGUCGGACCAAAGGGCAAGCCCACCUGCGCCUGCCCAGCCCACUUCAGCGGCUUCCAGUGCCAGUUCAGCGACCAGUCCCUGGCCAACACCCCCAUCCCUAACAUAGGCGUGGAGUCCGGUGAAAGGCUUAACUUUGCUGCAAUAAGCUUGGGCGUUUGCCUGGUGGCUGUUCUGGUGCUCUUCUGCAUGGCACUGGUGGUACUGCGUCACAGGAAGAAGCAGAGGAAUAGGGAGCGGGACUCAGAGACAAUGAACAACCUCUCCAAGGCGGACUUUCAGAAAGAGAACCUCAUCUCAACUAUCGAGCUCAAGAACACAAAUAAGAAGGUCGACCUAGAGGUGGACCGAAGCACAGAAAAGUUAAAUCAUAAAUACAUCAACCACUAUCAACUGGACUAUAAAUCCACCAUGGGGUACAAAGAUGAACUGUCCCUUCUGGACAAAGAUGAAAACUGUGAAAAGAUAAUAGAAGACAAAAGUCCUUUGAGUAGAAUGUACAGUGAACGGCCCGAGUGUAGAAUAUCAACAUUAUGUUCCUCCAGAGACUCGUUGUACCAGUCUGUCUUUGUUGUAGCAGAAGAGAAACACGAAUGCAUCAUUGCAACUGAGGUAUAAUAAUCAGAACAUUUUACUUAUCGUCAGCGUUGGAGUCCAUGUGGUCUGUUUACAAGUGUGAAGAGACUGGGAUUUAUUUAAAUGCAAGUUGCUGCUCUUGAAAACUUGAUAACUGGAUGGAGCUUGUGCGCUCUAAUAACUGCAAUGGAACUAAAGCUAACUUUUGUGAGAAUGUACAGCACAAAAAGAACAUAGAAAGAACAAAAAAAGAGCAAAACUGGCUUGUGGAUUCGCCUUCGAUGUUUUCGCCUCAGAUCCUCAUCUGCUCCGUCCAAGUUGAUCAAAGGGCAACGAGACAUUUAUGCCUCCGUUCUUAUUUGCUGAAGAAGAAGACUCUUUUCAUGUGAUCCUUUUGACAGCCGCAGUUAAACGAUUCACCUGUGGAAGAAGCCCGGCGUUUUUCACUUCCUUGCCACCUGCAUUGAGCUUUAUGCAAACAAAUAUUGCGCUAAAUCGGAAAGGACUCAAAAACUACUGAAAACGGUUCAUUUUCAAGGGGAUACUUGGGGGAAUAUGUUGUAAAUGAAAUCCAUUUUUAUAAAGAAUGUAUGCAGACUAGAUCACAAAGCCUUAUGUGUGUAUUUAAGAAAAAACAAUGUGGCCUGCCUUAUCUUGAUUCGUUUGCACAGACACUUGGAGGUAAAAUGUAAAAAAAUUGACCAACAAGAUGCAAUACGCUAAAACGCCAUGCAGGGAAACUCAUGAUUGGGCCUUGUCUGUUUUAUGCAAAAAAAAAUCAUACAAGAAGUGAUUAUAACACCAUGGAUGCCUUCAACUGAAAUCACUGAAUCAAUAGUUUUAUUUUGUAAGAUUAGUAGUUCAUUAUUAAUUUAAUUAAACGGAGCACUGAUCUUUCUCUUUCAAUGUUUUACAAGAUUAUUUUGUACAUAUUGUAUAUUUAUAUGUUGAGAUUAGAAGUAUGACUUGUACAUCUGUUUUUAAGCCAAUGCCACCAAAAAAAGGUGAAUUUAUUUUUUAAAAUGUUCUGGUGUUUUAUUAUAAUAUUAAUAUUAUUCUAUAAAAACAAAAACAACAAAAAAAAAACAAAUAAAAAACAACACAUACAUAGAAAACAUAUCUGGUACACUAUUUGUCUUUGAUGGUAAGUGUCCAUGUGGUCAAAAAGAGAUCCUAAAUUAAAUGUGGCAGUCAUCUAGAAACUCAGUUUGUGUCAGCUAAUGUGGAAGUCAGUUCAUUGUCUGUUGAUGCAGUAUAACGUUUGGCCUGGAAGCAUUUGCGAUGACCCCACGUCUAAGUCAUCUGUGUCAGUGUGAUGUGAAAUUGGUGCACUCAUUCGGAAAUGUAAGGAAAUACUUAAAGAAGAAAGAAGCUAUAUAUUUAGAAGUCUGUAUGUGAUAAUAAAGAGUCCUUGUGGUUUUUAACUGCC